UCGGUGUUUGUUUGCGGCAUUUUAGUUUUUUGAGGUUAGAACGUGAAAAUUGCGGAAAGUCGUGAAAAAUCUCUAGAAAACAAGAAAAUCUCUACGGGAAAAUGCCAAAUUUGUUUAUUAAUACGUGCGUGGAUGUGAGGGAGGCGAUAAAUUGUGCGCGAAUGAAUCAGUAUGAUUCAAUAACGACGUCCCUUGUUUUUCCGGGCUUUGACCGGGAGUACGAGGACAAGUCCCUGGCCAAGAAGCACCAAAUCUUCUCGCGCCCGGACAUUGUGAUGAGUUCCAAGAUGUGGUUGGGGUACGUGAUAGCGGUCGUGAGUGAUGACAUCGAUUGCGAAUCGGAGAAUCCGGAGAUUCGUAUUGCCAGCGAGAAGAAGUUGAAGCAGGAGAUUGAGUUUGCGGAGCAUGUGGUGCAGCACGGGAUCAUCUAUGUGCGUCUCAAGAGUGGCAACAAUGUGAACUUAGCACGGAUCAUCAGUACCUAUAGCAAGUGUGAGCAAAUUGAGGAUCUCAUGGAACAUUUCGAGAUUAUGGGCGGAGAUCUUUUUUCAGGCGUCAUCCUCAUUGAAGUCCCCAUGGUGGAUCCCAAUGCUGUUGCCCAGCAGUGGCGGAGUGAUGUGGGUGAGGACGACAGUGCAUCCGGUGAGGAUACAUGGCUGUGGUGGAAUAGAUUUCGUCUUCAGAGUGACUUCAAUGGGAAACAUCGACUCUCCCUGGUGCUGUCUGCGGACAUUCCGUCGCAAGAUGAGAUUCUACGAUGGCUUGGGGAGCCUGUGGACUACCUCGUCGUCUCAUCGGACAUCUUCAUCCAGAACAAAGCCAACUACCCCGUCCUCUCACUCGCCCAUCAGGAUGUCAUCUCCCAAUUCAUCCGGAAGACAAAGGCAAAGUUCAUCGUAAAGGCCAAUCCCAAUGAUGGCAAUCUCCGCUACUAUGCUGAAUACCUGCGGCAUCUGCAGGAGAAAUUCCACGAGGUUGACCCCAUGGAUGGCUUUGAUGACCUCAUUGAGAUCCCGCUGCAGCCUCUCUUUGACAACCUCGACACGUACACGUAUGAGAUUUUUGAGAAGGACCCCGUGAAGUACGUCUACUAUCAGCGUGCCAUCGAGGCAGCCCUCAUCGACAAGAUCCCCGAAGAAGAGAAGUCCACCAAAACGGCGAUCCUGAUGGUCCUCGGAGCUGGACGUGGCCCCCUCGUCCGGUCAUCCCUCAAUGCGGCCACCAACACGGGCAGGAAGGUGCGCAUCUAUGUGAUUGAGAAGAAUCAGAACAUCAGGAACACCCUGGAGGCGCUUUGGCGCGAAAUGUGGCCACGCGACACGGUGCAGCUCAUCUUUUCGGAUAUGCGGGACUUUUCGACGGAGGAGAAAGCCGAUAUCAUCGUGUCGGAGUUGCUGGGCUCCUUUGGAGAUAACGAGCUUUCGCCAGAAUGUCUCGACGGUGCUCAAGUUCAUCUCAAACCAGACGGCAUUAGCAUUCCAAGUUCCUACACAUCCCACAUUGAGCCAAUAAUGUCGUCCAAGCUGUACAAUCAAGUGCGAUUGGUGACAAAGACUGAAGAUCAGAAUAUGCAGCUGCGUGGCAAGAGCAAGGUGAUGGAGACAACGUAUGUGGUGUACAUGAAGAAUGUCUUCCACAUUGCCGAUGAGCCAAAGCCCCUCUUCACCUUCCACCAUCCCAAUCGCGACAAAGUCAUCAACAACAAUCGCUACGGGCGGGUGAGCUUCACCACAAAGCUCGACAGUGUCCUCCAUGGGUUUGCUGGAUACUUCGACACGGUUCUCUACAAAGACAUUGUCCUCAGUAUCCACCCCAUGACGCACACCAAUGGACUCUCUUCCUGGUUCUCCAUGUUUAUUCCCAUCUCGACUCCUGUUAAUUUGAAGGCCGGCGAGGAGAUUGAAUUGAAUGUCUGGCGUCACGUUGCCCAGCGAAAAGUGUGGUACGAAUGGAGUUUAACAUCCCCCCAAAUUUCUCCCAUUUACAAUCUCAACGGACGCGCCUGUGAUAUUCUCAUGUAGACCAUGGUUAUGCAUUUAUGGAAAAAAAACGGAGGGACAGAAGAGCAUACAUAUGUACAGUUGGGAUAGAUUGUUAUUGAACCGCAGGACAUGGUAGUAAAAUAAAGUGAUGAAGAAAAAACAUCGAAGGGCGUUAAAUGUUA